UAUAAAAGUAAGGUGUCACAAGCGGUUGAAAAAAAAUAUCUAGAUAUGGCUCAUUGUGUUAAGCUGGUGAUGUUGCUGAAAGUUUUGCUCCUAUCGUGCUGUUUCGCACAUCCAACCAAUCAGCAGCAAACGUCCGAUCCUCCCAUCACGGAAAAUGUUCAAUGUUUAAUCGAGCUUAAGGAGCUGCUGAAGCUCGUAUUUAAACUUCUUUCGGUGGAAUCGUUUGAUUUGUUAAGCGAAAUGAAUCAAUUCGAAAAAAUGCAAGGCCAGGAAAGUUUCAGCUCUGCAUCAUCUUCGAAGUCGGCUGAGAACAAUCACGGCAACACCGAGCAGCCUAUUCAUUUCCUGUUGGAAAAGUUGGACAUGCUAAUGAGGAGCUUUAACCAAACAGUUGGCACCCUUUCCUGCUUUAAGCAUACUCGCUUGAAUCGCGAAACGGCUAGCCACGUAGCCAACUUACGCCAACAAUCCACCAUCGAUUGCGACACUUCUCCAAUGGUGUGUAUGGUGUUUCGUCUUCUGCACUGGAUGUACGUAGAGCCUACGUACGAGAUUAUCCAGCUGUUGCGCUUUUGGAUACGUGGUAACAAAUCCUUUCAACAGUGGUAAUAUCUUCAAGUCAAUGUUCACUCGUCAAUGGUGAGACCGAGAUAAUAAAGGAUGGCGUUUUAACUGCCCAUUUUAGAUAAGAUAAACCGCGCUCCUAUCGAUCGAAGGCGUUCGAACUGCCGGAAGGGAUAGUCCCGACCCCGACAAUACCGUGACACCUGACCAGAUAAGACUGCACACACACACACUCACACACACACACACUCACACACACACACACACACACACACACACACACACACACACACACACCCACGCCGGAGAUGAUAAGAGUGCAAUUGUUUUAGGUGACGGCAGAUUUGCUUGCAUUGAUUGACGGUCGAGUGGAAAUUUGAAUGGAAUCUGGUAAAUUAAUAGCAAAUCAUAGAAAGAUCAAAAGAUGGUUUAGUAGACUGAGGAAGUGUGUGCAAUGUCACUGAGCACAAUAAAGUGUGACUGAUACUGACUCCCCACCAAAUGAUUAAU